AUGCCCGGGGGGGGCCUGGGGGCUCAGCAGCUGGCCCCUCUGCACAGCACCUACCACGAGGACGGGCCACCCUCCUACUAUGACAACCAGGACUUCCCCUCGGCGCACUGGGACGACAAGAGCAUCCGUCAGGCCUUCAUCCGCAAGGUGUUCUUGGUGCUGACCCUGCAGCUGAGUGUCACCUUCGCCUUCGUGGCUGUCUUCACCUUUGCCAAGAGUGUGCGGGGCUUCGUGCAGCGCAAUGUCUGGACCUACUACGUGUCCUACGCUGUCUUCUUCAUCUCUCUCAUCGUCCUCAGCUGCUGCGGGGAUUUCCGCCGCAAGCACCCCUGGAACCUGGUGGCCCUGUCCAUCCUGACUGUCAGCCUGUCCUACAUGGUGGGGAUGAUCGCCAGCUUCUACGACACUGAAGCUGUCAUCAUGGCCGUCGGCAUCACCGUUGUCGUCUGCUUCACUGUCGUCAUCUUCUCUCUGCAGACCAAGUAUGACUUCACCUCGUGCCGGGGUGUGCUGAUCAUCUGCCUCGUCGUCCUCAUCCUCUUCUCCAUCCUCUGCAUCUUCAUCCGGAACCGCAUUGUGGACAUUGUCUACGCCUCCCUGGGGGCCCUGCUCUUCACCUGCUUCCUGGCAGUGGACACACAGCUGAUCCUGGGGAACAAGCAGCUGGCACUGAGCCCCGAGGAGUACGUGUUUGCAGCGCUCAACCUCUACACGGACAUCAUCAACAUCUUCCUCUACAUCCUGGCCAUCAUUGGCCGGGCCAAGGAGUGA